UAUGUACAGGAGAGGAGUGUGGGGGGUAUGACAGUGAUCGGUAUGUACAGGAGAGGAGUACGGAGAGGUAUGACAGUGAUCGGUAUGUACAGGAGAGGAGUACGGAGGUAUGACAGUGAUCGAUAUGUACAGGAGAGGAGUACGGAGGUAUGACAGUGAUCGGUAUGUACAGGAGAGGAGUACGGAGGUAUGACAGUGAUGGGUAUGUACAGGAGAGGAGUACGGAGGUAUGACAGUGAUGGGUAUGUACAGGAGAGGAGUACGGAGGUAUGACAGUGAUCGGUAUGUACAGGAGAGG